AUGGCACUGACUUCUACUAACACACUCACCAUCACCAGUAUACUAAUCUCCUUCCUCUUCCUUCCCAAAUUUUAUUCUUCUGAAUUCACCAAAGGCCAUUUACCAGUAAUAAUAUCAGAUGUAGAUCUUUUGGAAUUUCCUCUAAAUUUAGAGUUCUUAGAAGCUGAAUUUUUUUUGUAUGGCUCUUUAGGUCAUGGUUUAGAUAAAGUUGCACCAAAUUUAACCCAAGGAGGUCCAACACCCAUUGGCGCUAAACAGGCAAAUCUGGAUCAUUUUACUCAGGAUAUUAUCAAGCAAUUUGCUUUCCAAGAAGUUGGACACUUGAGGGCCAUUCAAAAAAUAGUUAAAGGAUUCCCAAGACCGUUAUUGGAUUUAAGUAAAGAAUCAUUUGCAAAAGUGGUUGACACUGCAUUUGGGGGAAAAUUGACCCCACCUUUUGAUCCUUAUGCCAAUGGAAUUAACUUCCUUCUUGCAUCUUAUCUUAUUCCUUAUGUUGGACUCACUGGCUAUGUUGGAACAAUUCCAAAACUCGAAGCCCCUGCUUCUAGAAGGCUUGUUGCAGGCCUUUUAGCUGUGGAAUCAGGUCAGGAUGCAGUUAUUCGAGCAUACCUAUACGAGCAUGCACAUGAGAAAGUGAAACCAUAUGGACUAACCGUGGCAGAGUUUACACAUAGCUUUUCAGAACUAAGGGAUAAGCUUGGACAUGUAGGUUGCAAAGAUGAAGGCCUUGUGGUUCCCCUAAGUAAAGGUGCAGAGGGAGAGGUCACGGGAAACGUGCUUGCUGGAGAUGAAGACUCUGUUGCAUUUGAUAGGACCGCAGAAGAGAUAUUGAGGAUUGUGUAUGCCACUGGUAAUGAGCACAAUCCUGGUGGGUUCUAUCCAAAAGGAGGCAAUGGUCGCAUUGCUAGAUAUUAUCUACCUUAA